AUGCUUGUUGUUGUCACAAAAGAUGCAAACAAUAGUAUAUUGCCUGUUGCGUAUGCUAUCGUUGAUGAAGAGAACAGGCACAAAGGAAUAAUUCAUGCAAUGGAAAAUCUACCAGAAUUGCAAGAGCCAUUAGCAUACCAUCGCUUUUGUCUUCGACACAUUAGAAGUAAUUUCAUGCAAAGGUACGAGAACGAAAUUAAAAGAAGCCAAUGGUGUUUUUUAUAUGAUGACAAUCGUCAAUGGGGUUUCUUGACAACAAAUAUCUCUAAGAGUUUGAACAAUGCACUUCGCGGAGCAAGACAAUUACCGAUCAAGGCGUGUAUUGACCUUACAUUCAAUAUAACUGUACAACUUUUUAGAAAGUAUAGUGAUAUUGCAAUGAAUUGCAAUACACCUCUACUAUCAUGUAUGUGGCGUCUCUUUCGAAAACGAGAAACUUGUGCACAAAUCCAUACAUUAACCGAGUUUGACUACAGUGAAGGUGUCUACAGAAUUGUCACAAAGUUACAAAUAAAUGGCAAAGGAGGAAAUACAUACAUUGUCCAUUAUUUUCAACAAACAUGCACAUGUGGUAAGUGGCAAAUGGAAAGAUUUCCAUGUUCACAUGUUAUUGCAGUUUGCGGUUAUAGAGGGGAUAACCCUAUUUCUAUUGUUAAUACUAUGUACACUACUAUGACAUAUAAACAACAAUAUACGUCAGCUUUUGUCCCACUUUCUCAUGUUGAUUAUUGGUUAGAGUCGGAUUGGAAGAUUAAAGCAGAUAACUCAAAACUUUAUGUGCAUAGAGGUCGGAGGUGUGCAAAUCGAUUUCAUAACGAGAUGGACAUUCGUCAUCCCGAUGAACCUCACAAAUGUAGACUUUGUCACCAAACUGGUCAUAAUAGAAGAAAUUGUCCAAAUUCCCAGCCAAGAUUCAAUGUGACGUGA